ACAGGUGUGUGGGGCAUGAGCUGCACAGUUGGCCAGUCAAAUGGUACUAACUACUCCUCCUUGUUCCCAAUGGUGGAAUUACAUUGAAAAGCACUAAAAAUACACAGCCAUGUGGGCGAUUGCUAUAGUUACCACCGGGAUGAUGUGCGGUUGUGAAGGGGAGGAAAACACAGUGUUUGCAGUUGUCAGUGGAAGGGGACAAGGACCUGCCAAGAUGAUCCAUCUAUGAAGAGGUGCUCCACACUGUGGAAACUGGGAAAAAUUGGACUGGGCCUUUGGUAUAUGGCUUUUCUGUUGUUUGUUUAAUAACAACAACAUUUAUGAAUCCUUUGGUCAACUCACUGAGCCAUCUUCUUCCUCAUGUACCACUCUAAAUGGGUACCCAACAGCAAUUUUGCUUCUUUGACUGAAUUUGCUGUUUGUUCUCCUCUAGGGAAUGACUGAAGGACAGCACCUCUGGGCGACUCUUCAGGCGACUGGCGCCAUGGAGGAAAACGUCUCCAUUUCCAGCUGCUCUGACACCUGGAUCAAGCCCACUUUCACCCUUGCAGCAAGGGUCCGGGUGAUCAUCACCGUCUGCUUCUUCCUGGUAGCUGUGUGCAGCAACUCAGCCGUUCUGUACAGCAUCCUGAGGAAGCGGAGGAAGUCCCAUGUCAAGUUGCUGAUCCUGAGCUUAACGGCAGCGGAUCUGCUGGUGACCUUCAUGGUCAUGCCCCUGGACGCUGUGUGGAACGUGACAGUUCAGUGGUACGCCGGAGACUUGUUGUGCAAAUUGCUGAACUUCCUCAAGCUCUUCGCCAUGUACUCUGCGGCCCUGGUGCUGGUGGUGAUCAGCGUGGACCGGCACUCGGCCAUCCUCCACCCCUUCACCUUCGCCAGUUCCAGUCGGCGCAACAGACUCAUGUUAUGUGUCGCUUGGGUCAUGAGUCUUUUCCUGGCCUCACCCCAGCUCUUCCUUUUCCACCUGCACACCGUCCCCGGGGUCAACUUCACCCAAUGCGUGACCCACGGGAGCUUCCGGGAACACUGGGAAGAAACCGCCUACAACAUGUUCACCUUCACCACCCUCUACGUCACCCCGCUGAGCGUCAUCAUCGUGUGCUACAUCCGCAUCAUAUGGGAAAUCAGCAAGCAGCUGAAGAUCAAUAAGGGUCUGGCAAGAAGCAAAGACGACCACAUCUCCAAGGCACGAAUGAAGACUCUCAAGAUGACCAUUGUGAUCGUUGCCACCUUCAUUAUCUGCUGGACCCCUUAUUACCUCCUGGGCUUGUGGUACUGGUUUCAGCCAGACAUGAUUCAGAGGAUGCCAGAGUACAUCAACCACAGCCUCUUCCUCUUCGGCUUGCUGCACACAUGCACCGACCCCGUGAUCUACGGGCUCUAUACCCCUUCCUUCCGGGAGGACAUGAAGAUGUGUCUGAGAGGAAUUGAAACUGUGUUCACUGGGCAGGAGAGGCACAAGCCCAUCUCGAGCUCUGAGGUGAAUGUCAAAGACUACGUUGCAAAUGGUGGCGCAGCUUCGGGUGGGUCCAACGGGACGACUGUCCACACGGUUUGCUAAGGGGAAUCAUCCCAGAGGAGGAAAGGAACUGAGGGUGUUGCAUUGUGGAGAUGGCCACGGACACUCGUUUUCCACCCUGCAAUAGUUGCCCGUGUGUUAUCGAGUCCUUUGCAUCUCCCGAACUCAGUCAGGAUGGACCACACACAGGUAGCACACCUGCUACUUUUACAGAUAUGGUGUAACCCCCUGGCUUUGUAAGUGCAAUCACAGGUACCCUCAUGUUCUGGGUCUGGUUACCAAGCGCGCCCAGGAUGACCCAAGGUGUUUGGAGAGGCCUGUGUCCUGCUCAUCCAGCGGUUGUGCAGAGGCUGGGAACGCUUUUGUACCCUGGGUGUUUCAUAGAGGCUGUUUCCUCCCUGACCUUUUCAUGCUGCUCUGGGGCCAGGUGAGAUUGAGAAGCCGUUGCAGCGAUUCUAGGAUCGGGCAUCUGCCAACAGCUGCUUUUCUGGAGGACAUCUAGUAGCUUCUGAAAACUGUAGAGGAAGGGCUUGGUUUUCCAGGCAGCAGCUUUUCCUUCGAGUCCUGCUGGGUUAUGCCUGUGAUUCAAGUUACUCAGUAGUGCAGGUCUUUGCAGAAUCAGGCUGUAAUUCUCAUGGGUCUGAUUGUCCAGACCAAAAUGGGACGGGACAUUUAAGGUUUUUUUCCCUCAUCUCCCCACGCAGCCUCCUCCCCAGCUCCACAGACUCAAACUCACCUGCUGCUACGUCCAUCCAGUGUUAAACAUGCAUAAAUGUUACCUGGCGGUGACCACCGUUCUCUGACUCUUUCGUUCCCUGGGAAGUGCCGUAACUGGGCAGCUCGCUUUGGAAAUGUGUGGUGCAAAUAAAUCGUCCCUGGUUGGUUUGUGGGAAGGCCUUUCCAGUAUUUGUGCAGUGCACCUGUGCCCCUCAGAGACACUUGCUUUGGGCUGGCCUGACUCGAAAGCAAAGGUAGCGAUCUGAGGAUUGUCGAGACUUAUGGUUUUCUGUCCAGGCAGGGCAGGGGAACAUCCUUUCUCCCUAUCCCUCCUCCAGGAUGGGGCCAAAUGAAAUCUUAGCAUGCCUUCAGUUUCUGUGCUCUAACUUUCAGCCACAGCUACCCGGCUUGUAUCGGUGGUGCCUUGUUUCAGGGUAGUCUCCCACCAGCCAGCGCCAGGACCGGUGCCCAAAGCAUAGCUAAGCAGGAAUAAUCACAUCAGUUUAGGACAAUAAGAGCCAUAUUCUAGUCUGACAUUUGGACAUCCAUGCUUGGCUUUCUUUUGUCCACACUCAGGAUGCAGAGAUUCAGACUAAAAGCAUGGGGCCCCAGACUGCAAUCCUUACGCAGGCAAAAUUGCCGCUGGCAAAGGCAAAGGAGUCAGUAGGGAUGGACAUGACUUUGCUGAAAGGGGUGCAAGCUGGGACCCUAAUAUUGCAAUCACACUGCAAGGCCCUGGGAGCACUGACAGACCACUCCAUCUCCUUCUGCCCAGGAGCAUAAUGGUCCAAACCCCAGGCUCCUUAAUCCCAUGUCAUCUGCCCUUCCUUGAGUUCUCAUUGGCCUUGGUUCCCAGCAGAGGAAGGCCCUUGGGAUGGCAUCAGCCAAGUUCCUGCACCCUGCUCGUGCGAAGUCACUUCUAACUUUGCACUUUUCACACCCAGAGGGUUCAAACAGAGGGAAGAUGAUCAGACUGUUCCACUUCUCAUACAGCAGCAUCCCCCACCCAGGAAAAUCCAGUCACGCAGGAUCUGCAGAAGCUUGGCAAACAGGAGGGAAGCAGAGGGGAAAGUACAUGUCUCUGAAAAUACAAUGGGUGAAGAAGUCUUUUGGAGUCUGAUUCCCCUCUGGAAAAUGCAGGUGAGGUGAAUGGUAACACUGUACUUGUACCUGCCUCCAGUGACCUCUGCAACCACUCCCCGGCCUACACUCCUCCGAGGCAGAAGGGUAAACUGAGUCCCAACCCAUUUGCCAGUGACAACCCCAAGGGUGAGAACUAGGUCUGUUCACCAUUAGAGCCUCACUUAAACCAAGGGGAUAGAGAGGGGAAAGGUGCGGUAAUAGGUAAAAGGAACAGAAUAAUAGCUGUGCUAAAAAGGAAGGAAAAAACCCAGUAAAAAAGUUGAGAAAUGGGAGAGGAGAAAUGGAAGGAAAAACAGAAUUGCCUGCAAUUCCCAAGCUGGUAAAUGCUGUUGUGGUUGUGUUACUUGUGCAGGGACUUGCUGUUGUGGUUCAGUGGUAGACUCCUCACCUGUCACGUGGGAGGCCUGGGUUCGAUUCCUGGAUGCACAUGUAAGUGCAGCCAUCAAGGCACUGAACAUCUGGACUGGGUCUGGCCUUUGGAUUUUGUCUCAGUGCCCUAAAGCAGGGAUGGACGGUCUGGGCAGCCUCUGCUCCUCCAUACUCCGACCUAGGUGUAGCACGCAUCAAAGGUCCUGGUGACCUCUUGUGCACACACCACGAUCCAGAAAGAGCGACGGUUGCCAACUACACAUUGAGAGAGGCCCUUUCUCAAAGCACCGUGUGGGCUCACAGCUGUGCAAGGUAAUGAGACUCCACCUGAGCACGUGGCACGACCGUUUUAUGAGCCAGGAAAACUCAAAGAGAAACCCACCAGAUUAGACCAAACAAAAAGGCCCACGGAUGCCCCCCAAGGCCUGUGCUGAGAUCAGGUCUGGGGCAGGGGUGGGAAGCAACAGAUCUAUUGCCCUGAUUGUAAGACAAAUCCUGACAAGGCCAAACCAGAAGCAUGGAGCUGAUGACCUGGCCACCUCCAGCAGCUUCAGCUGUCUCCCCAACACCGCCUGGACUAGGAGACUCGGGUCCUUCCUGCCUCCAGCUCCCUUCCACCCUCUUUUCAUUCCCCACCUUAUUUCUCUUCUUCGCUAGCUCUCUUUAUUUCUUUCUGCUUAAUCCCAUCUUCUGCAGCACCACUGUGAGCCUGUGACCAAAAAGGUUCACCACCCAGAAGCAGGGUCUGAAACAGCUGGGCACUGCUGCGAGCGUGCCAGGCCCCAGCAGCUGCAGGAACAGCGUGUGGUCUUGUCUGUAACUCCGAGGCAGCAAGUCAGUCUUCAAAACCACAGAUGCUGCUUCUCUCUCCGUUGAUUUUUCUUCCCCCUCUCCUCAUUGUGUUGUAUCUUUUGUCCUCAGGAGAACGGGAUUGUAUUCAAACCACAGCAGCUCCCGCCAGCCUACAUGAGUAUGUUCUCUUCCCCCUGAAAGCUAGUUAACGCCGCCUGUGAUACUCUGUGCAGGACUGCCAAACAGGUGUUACCUUAUGAAACUCUCCUCAGCUAAAGGGAAAGGGAACAGGAGAAUGGUAUAAUCAUAAAAGCCUUACUUAAAUGCUUUGCAUUUCAAAGCUUUUUGGUUUUAUUUUCCCUUUUUGCUCUGAUUUUAAUAAAAGAUUUUUUUUC